ACUGUAAAUGUUUUGUUUUUUAAAUGAUUAUUGUGUUGAUUAUCUUGACAUUAAAUAAUUAGAUACAUUUCCUUAAGCCUAUCCUUUAUAUGCAAUAUUUUCUCAUAGGGGCCUAGUUAUUUAUCUCUGUAAAAUUCACGUUUUUUCAUAAUAGCUAGGGCCUAGGCCAUUGUGUCAUUCAUUAUAAAAGCCAAUUGUUAUUUUCCACGACCAGCCACAGGUGUCACAUUUCAAGAAUCGUCAUUCAGGUGUGUGGGACUGGCUAGCUGUUUUUGAAUUGAAGCCGUCGUACUUGAAUUGCAACCUGCACCUGGCGCGACUUUCUCCAGAGAAGUUGAUCUAACGAGCGACAUUUGAAAAGUAACUUUAACAGAAUACAAAAAAAGGCCAAAAUGAGCAAAAUUUCUAAACUGUUCAAGGGAAGCUCAAGUUCGAGCUCUUCUAGCCACUAUCCAAGCUCUUCGAAGUCGAAACAUGGCCAUCGGUCUCGGACAGGACCUACCCCGCAGGAGGCCAUUCACAAACUUCGAGAAACAGAGGCGAUGCUGGCGAAAAAACAGGACUUCUUGGAAAAUAAAAUUGAACAAGAAAUUAUGAUAGCAAAGAAGAAUGGCCUCAAGAAUAAACGUGCGGCCCUCCAGGCACUGAAGAGGAAGAAGCGCUUUGAGCAGCAGCUCACCCAGAUUGACGGGACCCUCUCCACCAUUGAGUUCCAAAGGGAAGCAUUGGAGAAUGCCAACACCAACACUGAGGUCCUGAAGACCAUGGGCUACGCUGCCAAGGCCAUCAAGGGGGUCCACCAGAACAUGGAUCUGGAUAAAAUUGACUCUCUGAUGCAGGACAUCACUGAGUCGCAGGAAGUGGCCCAGGAGAUCUGUGACGCUAUCUCCCGACCUUUCGGAGAUGCAUUUGAUGAGGAUGAGCUGUUAGCGGAACUGGCAGAGUUGGAGCUGGAGGAGAGCAUGACGAACAUGGGCAGAGUGCCCAGUGUGCCCACUGCCAAGCUGCCCACCUCCAAGCUGCCCUCAACUCGACCCAGCCAGCGCACUCCGUCCAAGAAGAGGGCAGAGGAUGAUGACGACAUGCAGAUGCUGGCAGCCUGGGCAGUGUAACUAACACACACCAGACUCUAAAUGUACAAAUGUUCAUUUUAAUGUUUUUAUCUUUUUAUUCUAAUCAGUUUCUUAGGGAAAAGCCAAUGAUCUCUAUUUUGUUGGCUUGUUUUUAUGUGUGAUGUACAAUUAUGGAAGUGAAGUAUUGGAAUGUGUGCUCUGACUAGGUGAUUUUAUUACUGCUACAUUACACAAUUGUCUGUCAAUGAAGGAUACAGUUGCUAGUGAAAGUCUACACACCUCUCUUUAAAUGUAGCUGCCUUAAAAUUAAAGGGAUAGUUUGCCUAUUUUAAAACGGUGCCAGGGAAACUAAACCAAAGGAUGGAUUGCUGUCAUACAUUGUCCAUAGACCGCUUACUGAGUAAGGAAACCAAUACCAUUUUCGCAUUUGUUGUACAAAUCCCAUUUAAGUCAUGCUACUGAUAUUUAAUAUGUUCAUAUCUAUACUGAACAAAAAUUCAGACAAUCCCACAGGUGAAGAAGCCAGAUGUGGUGGUUCUGGGCUGGUGUGGUUGAGGCUAGUUGGACCUACUGCCAAAUUCUCUAAAAUUAUGUUGGAAGUGGCUUAGGGUAGAGAAAUGAACAUUAAAUUCUCUGGCAACAGCUCUGGUGGGGCUUUCCUGCAGUCAGCAUGCCAAUUGCACACUCCCUCAACUUGAGCUGUCUGUUGCAUUGUGUUGUGACAACUGCACAUUUUAGUGGCUUUAUACUGUCCCCAGCACAAGGUGAACCAGUGUAAUGAUCAUGCUGUUUAAUCAGCUUCUUGAUAUGCCACACCUGUCAGGUGCAUGGAUUAGCUUUGCAAAGGAAAAAAUGCUCACUAACAGGGAUGUGCACAAUUGUAGUUUUUUUGUGCAUCUGGAACAUUUCUGGGAUCUUUUUAUUUCAGCUCGUAAACAUGGUACCAACACUUUACAUGUUGCAUUGUAUAUUAUUGUUCAGUGUAUAAGUGACUGAGAUUCACAAUCAAUUGUAGAUGCUUUUGUAUGAUUUGUUCAUGGUAUGUAAAAAAAAAAAUGGUAAUAUCGGUACUAUGACUUGAAUAGGUUUUGUGCCACAAAUGCUAAAAUGUUCACAUUUGGUAACAGUGCCAAGGAAAUAAAGCAAAUGCAAGGAUUGCUCUCAUACCUGUUCCAUAGACUGCUUAGCCUUACAGGGUAAGGAAACCAAUGUGUCAUUUGGGUGAACUAUCCCUUUAAAUCUAAAAAGGGAAUCAACUGGAUAUUUUUUUUCUUAACAAUCUACACAACCAACUCCACAUUUUCAAAAGCGAAAUGUCUUAAUUGUUUCAGUAUUGUGGUAGACGCAUCAUGUUAUGGGAAUGCUUGUUACCGGCAGCCUGGGAAGUUUGGCAAGAUCAAAAGAAAUAUGAAAGGAGAUAAAAAGUUAGAGGAAACCCUGCCACGGGCUUCUGAAUACCUAACCCUGGGAUAGUUUCACAAAUGUUGAUGCCAAAGACAGACUGUAAUUGCCUUCCUAUAGGUGUUAAGUGUUCCUGAAUGGUCGGUCCAGUCUUAGACCUGAGUUAAAUCUGCUUGAAAAUCAUUCAAGGUUUUGAGUAUUGCUCUCCAUCAAUGACUCCCAACCAAAUUUACUGAGCUUGAGUAAUUUUGACAAAAACAAUGGAUAAAUGUUGUCCUAAGAUAAAUUUCAGCUGUGAAUCAUUAUACAUAAGAUUCUACACUUGUGUGAAGACAUACAAUCAACA